UGAGCAUAUAAAAAUCUAGCAAAGCCGCUUAUUUCUGGACACCAGUAUUAGCGUUGGUGUGUUCGUUCCUGUUCAAAAGAAAGGAUUUUUGCGUAUUUUCCAAAGAAAAAGAUCCAACGGUAAAAGCAAUCAUGCCUUUCGGUAACACCCACAACAAGCUGAAGAUGAACUACACUUCUGAGCAGGAAUACCCCGACCUCAGCAAACACAACAAUCACAUGGCGAAGGUGCUCACUCCAGAGAUGUACGCCAACCUGCGGGACAAGGAAACUCCGAGUGGAUUUACCUUGGAUGAUGUUAUUCAAACUGGGGUGGAUAACCCAGGCCACCCCUUCAUCAUGACAGUGGGCUGCGUGGCUGGCGACGAGGAGACGUACGAGGUGUUCAAGGAGCUGCUGGACCCCGUCAUCGAAGACCGCCACGGAGGGUACAAGCCAACAGACAAACACAAGACCGACCUGAACCCAGACAACCUUGUGGGUGGGGAUGACCUUGACCCGAACUACGUCUUGAGCUCCAGAGUGCGAACUGGAAGGAGCAUCCGCGGCUUCUGUCUUCCCCCACACUGCAGCCGCGGGGAGCGACGCGCCAUCGAGAACAUGGCCAUUGAAAGUCUCGCCUCACUAGAUGGGGACCUCAAUGGCCAGUAUUAUGCCCUAAAAAACAUGACCGAUGAAGAGCAGCAACAGCUUAUUGACGACCACUUCCUGUUCGACAAGCCCGUGUCUCCCCUGCUGCUGGCAUCUGGCAUGGGCCGUGACUGGCCCGACGGCCGAGGCAUCUGGCACAACGAUGGCAAGACCUUCCUGGUCUGGGUGAAUGAGGAGGAUCACCUGCGGGUCAUCUCCAUGCAGAAGGGCGGCAACAUGAAGGAGGUCUUCAACCGCUUCUGUACAGGCCUCACAAAGAUCGAGAGCCUGUUCAAGGAUAAGGGCCACGAGUUCAUGUGGAACGAGCACCUGGGCUACGUCCUCACCUGCCCCUCCAACCUGGGCACCGGGCUGCGAGCCGGAGUUCACGUCAAGCUACCCAACCUCAGCAAGAACGAGAAGUUUGGCGAGGUCCUCAAGAGGUUGAGGCUUCAGAAGCGAGGCACAGGGGGCGUGGACACCGCGGCUGUGGGUGGCGUCUUCGACAUCUCCAACGCGGAUCGUCUGGGCUUCUCCGAGGUGGAGCUGGUGCAGAUGGUUGUCGACGGCGUCAAGACUCUGGUGGACAUGGAGAAGCGCCUGGAGGGGGGCCAGUCCUUUGACGACCUUAUGCCCGACCAGAAGUGAACGCACUCUAAAACCCUUUGACCUCUUCUCUCUCCAUCUCUCGCUCUCUCUCCCACCCCUUCACCAAUAUCUCCUUUUUUUUUUUCUUCUCAAAAACAAUAAUCUUAACCUCAUCAAGGAAAUACACUCUGCCGACACAUUUAGUGGCACUAAAGUUAGUCUUCCAUCUGUGUGAUGCCGGAUUUUAUAUCUGAAAUGCUGUCGGGUUGCAAAAUGUUUGAGGAUGGAUCUUAACACCUGAAAUAAAAAUCUCAUUGGCCCAUG